AUGGCGGACAGAGACAGCGGCAGCGAGCAGGGCGGCGGCGGCGGCGGCGGCGGCGGCGGCGGCGGCGGCGGGGGCGCGGCGGGCGCCGGGGGGCCGGGCUCGGGCGGCGGCGGCGGCGGCGGGCCGGGCGGCGGGCUGCAGCACGAGACGCAGGAGCUGGCCUCCAAGCGGGUGGACAUCCAGAACAAGCGCUUCUACCUGGACGUCAAGCAGAACGCCAAGGGCCGCUUCCUCAAGAUCGCCGAGGUGGGCGCCGGCGGCAACAAGAGCCGCCUGACGCUCUCCAUGUCGGUGGCGGUGGAGUUCCGCGACUACCUGGGCGACUUCAUCGAGCACUACGCGCAGCUGGGGCCCAGCCAGCCGCCCGAGCUGGCGCAGGCGGCCGACGAGCCGCGCCGGGCGCUCAAGAGCGAGUUCCUGGUGCGGGAGAACCGCAAGUACUACAUGGAUCUGAAGGAGAACCAGCGCGGGCGCUUCCUGCGCGUUCGCCAGACCGUCAACCGCGGCCCGGGGCUGGGCGCCGCGCAGGGCCAGACCAUCGCGCUGCCGGCCCAGGGCCUGAUCGAGUUCCGCGACGCCCUGGCCAAGCUCAUCGACGACUACGGCGUGGAGGAGGAGCCGGCCGAGCUGCCCGAGGGCACCUCCUUGACUGUGGACAACAAGCGCUUCUUCUUCGACGUGGGCUCCAACAAGUACGGCGUCUUCAUGCGGGUGAGCGAGGUGAAGCCCACCUACCGCAACUCCAUCACCGUCCCCUACAAGGUCUGGGCCAAGUUCGGCCACACCUUCUGCAAGUACUCGGACGAGAUGAAGAAGAUCCAGGAGAAGCAGCGGGACAAGCGCGCCGCCGCCGCCGCCCCCGCGGGCGCCGGGGCCGGGGCCGAGCCGCCGCCCGAGGCGGAGGGCGCCGCCGCCGUCGCCGCUGCCGCCGCCGCCGCCGCCGCCGGGCCGCCCGGCGCCCUGCUGCAGGCCGAGGAGCCCGAGGAGGACUGA